AUGGCGCCCUCCGCGGCGAGUGCUGACAGCAGCAGCCGCGCAAGCGCCGUGGUGGCACCGCUACUAUCAAUCGGCGGCCCCCUGUCGGCGUUGGCGGCAGCGCUGGCCGUCGUCAAUGGCUACAUCACAACGCCAACGGCCCUCCUCAUCGUCGCCCUGCUUGGCGCCGCGGCGUACGCGCUGCGCGCGCUGGCGGAGCCGGCUGUGGGGCUGCCGUCAUGGCAGCAGGCAGUGCAGCUAGCUCGGGGCCGGCGGUCUAUCUUCCCUAGGGACUUUACUGGCGCCAAGCUGGAGAGGUGGCAGAUCGAAACUAUGCUGGAGGCGGCUAGGUGGGCGCCCACACACAAAAAGACAGAGCCGUGGCGCUUCGUGGUGCUGGGCGGCGACGCCAAGGCGCAGUUUGAGGCCCUGACGAUGCGGCUGUGCCGCGAGCGGCUGCCGCCUGAGAAGGCAGAGGCGACGCUGACCAAGCUGGAGCGCAAGGCCGGGAAGGACUGGAAGAAUGUGGCCUGCUACAUCGCAAUAUGCGUCAAGCGCAGCCCGGACAAGCUGCCCGAGUGGGAGGAGGUGGCGGCUGUGUCGUGCGCGGUGCAGAACCUUUCAUUGGUCGCGACAUCGGUGGGGGUCGCGGGUUACUGGACCAGCUGGCAGGAAGCAGCGCGCACCGCGCCAGAGAUGCACGAGUUCCUGGGCAUCGGCCCCGACGACCUGUGCAUCGGCUACUUUGUCGCGGGCGUCGCCGACCCCGAGCGCGCGGCGUCAUACAAGGCGUCGCGGCAGCCGCUCGACAGCGUCGUGGAGUGGCGGCUCUGA